UAAUCCAUAUAACCCAUCCCUAUAACUCGCAAACCCCUUUAAGAAUUAGGGUCUGCAGAGUUUGCACAGGAGCCAGCCACCUUGCUCACUCACUGAGAUCUAAUCUCUGCAACUCAACAAAACAAACAACAUGGCAACUCAAAUCAGCAAGAAGCGAAAGUUUGUGGCCGAUGGAGUAUUUUUCGCCGAGUUGAACGAGGUAUUGACUAGAGAGCUGGCAGAGGACGGCUACUCUGGUGUAGAGGUCAGGGUAACUCCCAUGCGCACCGAGAUCAUCAUCCGAGCCACUCGCACCCAGAACGUUCUCGGUGAGAAAGGAAGGAGGAUUAGAGAGCUUACCUCAGUGGUGCAGAAGCGUUUUAAGUUCCCAGAGAACAGCGUGGAGCUUUACGCUGAGAAAGUCAACAACAGAGGACUCUGUGCUAUUGCACAGGCCGAGUCUCUCCGCUACAAGCUCCUUGGUGGCCUUGCUGUUCGCAGGGCUUGCUAUGGUGUAUUGAGGUUCAUCAUGGAAAGCGGAGCCAAGGGUUGUGAGGUUAUUGUCAGCGGGAAGUUGAGGGCACAGCGUGCCAAAUCAAUGAAGUUCAAGGAUGGAUACAUGAUCUCUUCCGGUCAGCCAGUCAACGAGUAUAUUGAUUCUGCUGUGAGACAUGUUCUUUUGAGACAGGGUGUACUUGGUAUCAAGGUUAAGAUCAUGCUUGAUUGGGAUCCUAAGGGAAAGCAAGGCCCUACUACCCCUCUACCCGAUCUUGUCACUAUCCAUCCUCCCAAGGAUGAAGAGGAAUAUGUCAGACCAUCAAUGGUUGCGACUGAUAUCGAGGUCCCAGUCCAACUCCCAGUGGCUUAAGGCUGAAAUGUUAUUCAUGUGAAAUCUCUAGGAUUGGGAGUGCUUAAGCAGUUCUUUUUGUUUCUAAUGAAGGAUGGCAUAGACUUGAGCUGGUUUUUAUUUUAUUUUAUUUUUUUAAAUUUUCUCAAAUUUUGAUGAUACUGUAGUCGUUAGUAUUGUUUAAGAUUUCUUUAUUAUGAGCAGAUGUUUUGAUUUUGCA